AUGAAGCUCUCUCUCGCUGUUGGAGCAACCCUUCUGGGUACGGCUCUGGCGGAUAUCGAUCCCAUUGUGAUCAAGGGCUCGAAAUUCUUCUACUCCGGCAACAACACUCAAUUCUACAUUCGCGGCAUUGCCUACCAGCAGGACUACUCGAGCAAUGGAACCACCGACGGUAGCAACACCUACAAAGAUCCCCUGGCCGAUGCCACUGCCUGCGAGCGUGACGUUCCCAUCAUGCAGGAGCUGAACACCAACACCAUCCGUGUCUACGCCAUCGACCCGACCGCCGACCACAAGAAGUGCAUGCAGUUGCUGGCCGACGCAGGCAUCUAUGUGAUCUCCGACCUGUCGUCCCCCUCGCAGUCCAUUGAUCGCAACGAUCCCCGAUGGGAGGUGUCCCUGUACAACCGCUACACUAGCGUGAUCGACGAGAUGGCUCAGUACAACAACACCCUGGGCUUCUUUGCCGGCAACGAAGUCUCGAACAACGUCAAGACCACCGACGCCAGUGCGUUCGUCAAGGCCGCUGUCCGUGACAUGAAGUCGUACAUCAAGCGCAAGAACUACCGUUCUCUGGGCGUGGGAUACGCGACCAACGACGACUCCAGUAUCCGCGUUCACAUGGCUAACUACUUCAACUGUGAGAGCGAGGAGGAUAGCAUUGACUUCUGGGGAUACAACAUCUAUUCCUGGUGUGGUGACUCUACCUACCAGGAGUCUGGAUACAAGGACCGCACCGACGAGUUCCGCAACUACUCCGUGCCCGUCUUCUUUGCCGAGUACGGUUGUAACUCUGUUUCGCCUCGCAAGUUCACCGAGGUCAAGGCUUUGUUCGGUGACAAGAUGAACGACGUGUGGUCUGGUGGUAUCGUCUAUAUGUAUUUCCAAGAGGACAACGAUUACGGUCUUGUUUCCGUCGUUGACAGCACCAGCGUCAGCAAGCUGAAGGAUUUCACCUAUUACUCGAGUGAGAUCGCCAGCGCCACUCCUUCCGGCACCAACAAGGCAUCCUACACGCCCACCAACUCGGCACUGCAAAGCUGCCCCGCCGUCAGCACCGCCUGGAUGGCCACGCAGACCCCUCUUCCCCCUACUCCUAACGAGGAGCUGUGCGACUGCAUGGAGGCUUCUGCCGGCUGCGUUGUCAGAGACUCUCUCUCCAGUUCCAAAUACUCCGACCUGUUCAGCGUCGUCUGCGGGUACACCGACUGCGAUGGCCUCACUGCGAACGCCACCACCGGCAAGUACGGCGCCUACGGCAUGUGCAAUUCGAAGCAGCAGCUGAACUUCGCCUUGAACAAGUACUACGGCGAACAGAACUCUGCUGCCUCGGCCUGCAGCUUCGGCGGAUCGGCCACCACGACCUCGGCCGCCAGCAAGACCGGCAGCUGCAAGUCUCUCAUGAGCCAGGCGGGCACCGCCGGCACCGGAACGGUCACUUCGCAGCCCACCGCUACUGCAGGAUCGGGCUCUUCUUCCGAGGCCUCUGCUAGUGCGUCUGGAUCGACCGGCGCGGCGCCCACCACGGCCGGUACCGCCGUUGCCGUUGGAUCUCUCCAGCUUGGUUUGUAUGCCGUUAUGGCUGUGCUGACGGCUGCGAUGAUGGUUUUGUUGUAG